UCGUCACCACAGUGUCUCUGAUAACAGUAGUGAAGUUUCCGGUUGCAGAAGAAGUUAUCCACGCAGUAGAGAAAGUGAAAACACACGUGUGCGAAUCUUCCUGGCGGUAGAAAGAAGUUUAAACCUCCGUUGCCCGGGGUGAAGCCACUAAAAGUGACCGUAAAGUGUGCGUGUAUUUUUCAGCGUACAAUUGUGAUACAUCUCCCAUCUGGUUCAGUAGCCGACAGUCGUUGCAACUGCAUUCUGCCGAUAUGAUAAACGAAACCUCGCUUCAACACUCGUGUGCAACAUUCAUAAAGAUCCUUCUGCUUGUCCUACUCUGUACGGUAGUUAGGCAUAGUCAAGCUGAUGAGACUCCCACGGAGCAACAGCAAAUUGAACAUGCCGACGAUGUGAUGCAGCAUAACCUUCAAAAGCGAACCUGGAAGAGUCUACAAGGCGGUUGGGGAAAGCGAGCCUCAGAUGAACAACAACGAGAAUCUGAUGUAGACUACGAAGGAUACAGGAACAGGGAUGAAACAGCCACCGACUACAGUGGCGGCCAUGAGUUAGACAAACUUGACAAUUUUCUCAUCAGGAGUAUGAUUGACCAACGGCUCGAGCAAACAGAUACACAAUAUGAUGGAACGGACGAUGAACUUCCGAUGGAUAAGCGCGCAUGGAACAAAAUGAACGGUGGUUGGGGCAAACGUGUCAACGCCGGACCUGGACAGUGGAAUAAAUUCAGAGGAGCAUGGGGUAAACGUGAACCUGGAUGGAACAACCUGAAAGGACUAUGGGGCAAGCGAUCUGAGAAAUGGAACAAACUAGCAUCAUCUUGGGGCAAACGUGAUAACAGCAAUAGCAAUAACUACUAAUCACUAACCAGAGAUUCUAGCUCACAGACUUUGUAUAUAUCCACAGCAUUCCCAUUGCUUGUUAUAGCAUAAGAUGUUUUCGAUAUCCUAUUUACGUUUAUAUACGUCAAGUAUAGAACAGGUUAUUAACAAAUGAUGAACAAAAUGCGUGAAGAGCUACAAUUUCAAUUUACUAUACAUCGGACGUUAUCACAGUUUCUGUUUAUGAAGUAUGAUGACUCUACAGAAUACAAACAAUAUAUCAAUUGGACUGUGUCCGUGGAUAGUUUAUACAGUAAUGUGACAAAAUUGCAUGUGUCAUGUAAAAUAUUAUAGUAUGUUAUUACUAUUGCAUAUCUGUAUAGUCGGCGCAUUUCGACAAGGCUGAUGUGCAGAAAUAAAACAAAGAGCAUAAUAUAUAAUGUACGGUCUCUGAAAAAGUGUUUUAUUAUGAUCUAUUGAA